AUGCGCACUCACCCGGUGUUUUACGUGGGCUUGCUCAAGCCGUACCGGGAUCCGGCGCAACUGAACGCGGAAGCGUUGGCGCCGGAGUGGAUCCUACAGGCCCGCGGCCACCCAGAAGCUGAAUCAGCAACUGGUUCUGAGUACGGAAUGCAACAACCUCCAUUUCCAAUGGAGCCAAGUGCUCCACCGUGGCUUGCAACGAUGCAUUCGCCUGCUCCACGGCUAGGAGUCGCUCCGACAGAGCGCGGUAGUCCUCAAGACGAGGCAGUUGGCGCACGACGUGCUUUAAAUCGUCAAGAGCGAUCGCACAGCGAUAUGCUACUUCAGCAUGACACUCAGCGGAGUGCCGAUCACGACAAACCUCGUCCUCAAGGGCUAACAGAGCAUCAUGAGUCACCGGGCGGCGGUCGACCCCUUUGUCUCCGCCUGCCACCGACUCUAAUCGAUGAGAACGGUGACGUCCAUUAUCACGUGGAACGUCUUGUUGGACGAAGUCGUCACCAGGGUCAGACCCAAUAUCUUGUGAAGUGA